CACAUAGAAAAAUCCUUACUAUCAGCCUAUAAAUACAGACCCGAGUCUCAGUGUAAGAGGCACACAAGAGUCCUUUUAGACACGGGGACACGGUUGGACACUCAAAGCUUCGGAAUAAUGGAUACCUUCCUAUUUACCUCCGAGUCUGUGAAUGAGGGUCACCCAGAUAAGCUUUGUGAUCAGAUUUCUGAUGCAGUGCUUGAUGCCUGCCUUGAACAAGACCCUGAGAGCAAGGUUGCCUGUGAGACAUGCACCAAGACCAACAUGGUUAUGGUUUUUGGUGAGAUUACCACCAAAGCCAAUGUAAACUAUGAGAAGAUUGUACGCGACACAUGCCGUACGAUUGGAUUUGUUUCUGAUGAUGUGGGACUUGAUGCUGACAACUGCAAGGUUCUAGUUAACAUUGAGCAACAAAGCCCUGAUAUUGCACAGGGUGUCCAUGGCCAUCUGACUAAGAGGCCUGAGGAAAUUGGUGCCGGUGACCAGGGUCACAUGUUUGGCUAUGCUACAGAUGAGACCCCUGAGUUUAUGCCUCUGAGCCAUGUUUUGGCUACCAAGCUUGGUGCACGCCUUACUGAUGUUCGUAAAAAUGGGACCUGCCCCUGGUUGAGACCUGAUGGUAAAACUCAAGUCACCGUGGAAUACUACAAUGACAAUGGUGCUAUGGUUCCAGUACGAGUACACACUGUCCUUAUUUCCACACAGCACGAUGAAACUGUUACUAAUGAUGAGAUUGCUGCUGAUCUUAAAGAGCAUGUUAUCAAGCCUGUCAUCCCUGAGAAGUACCUUGAUGAGAAGACAAUCUUCCAUCUGAACCCAUCAGGGCGCUUUGUCAUUGGUGGACCUCAUGGUGAUGCAGGUCUCACUGGCCGCAAAAUCAUCAUUGAUACUUAUGGUGGAUGGGGAGCCCAUGGUGGUGGUGCCUUCUCUGGAAAGGACCCUACCAAGGUUGACAGGAGUGGAGCAUAUGUUGUUAGGCAGGCUGCAAAGAGCAUUGUUGCCAAUGGGCUUGCUCGGAGGUGCAUUGUGCAAGUCUCAUAUGCCAUUGGUGUUCCUGAGCCAUUAUCUGUAUUUGUUGACACUUACGGCACUGGGAAGAUUCCAGACAAGGAGAUUCUCAAGAUUGUUAAGGAGAGCUUUGAUUUCAGGCCUGGAAUGAUUGCCAUUAACCUAGAUCUUAAGAGAGGUGGAAAUGGCAGGUUCUUGAAGACAGCCGCUUAUGGCCACUUUGGAAGAGAUGACGCUGAUUUCACAUGGGAGGUAGUGAAGCCCCUCAAGUGGGAAAAGCCCCAAGAGUGAAGAUAGUGCCAGUUGUUUGCAAAUGAUCAAUAUGAUUGGUCUUUGCAACUGCUCUCCGAUCUAAGGGUGCCUAUUAUUUGCUUGCCAUUGUGUUUCUUUUUCUUUUCAUUUGUUUACCCUUUCUGUAAUGUUCUUCACUUCUUCUUAUAUGCCUUUGGCCAUGUGAAAGAAUAUAUAUGAACUUGAGUCAUAGCUGAUGAAAACUUGUAGAUGUUGCUGCCUCCAUUUGGAUGGAGUUUACUAGAUUACAACAUGGAAGAAAGGAUCAGCUGCAGAGCAGCCUCAAUUGAUUCAUGCAAUCAUGAAUUCGUUUGUUGA